AUGAAGCUGGUAGGAUCCCCUUCUCAUCGUCAUCCACCAACAAUCCCUCAGUUCUAUCCUCAAUCUAUCAGCAUGUUCGGCCUCAAGUCCCUCCUCAGCGUCGCCCUCGUCUCGGCUGUCGCUGCCCUCCCCACCCUCGAGGUGCGCGCUGCCACCACCUGCGGCUCCACCUCCUACACUGCUUCCCAGGUCAGCGCUGCUGCCGCUGCCGCCUGCAACUACGUGAAGACCGGCACGACUGCUGGAAGCUCUACCUACCCCCACCAGUACAACAACUACGAGGGCUUCAACUUCGCUGUUGCCGGUCCUUGGCAGGAGUUCCCCAUCCUCAAAAGCGGUGUCUACACUGGAGGGAGCCCUGGGGCCGACCGUGUUGUCAUCAAUAAGUCUUGCGGACUUGCCGGUGCCAUCACCCACACUGGCGCUAGCGGAAACAACUUUGUCGGUUGCUCCGGAACGAACUAGAGGAUGCAUAUUGGGGAAGCAGGUCUUCUUGUACGGCUGUGUUCAAGUAUAUAAAAACAUAUCUUCCAAAAUGAAGAUAUUCUAAA